AUGAACCUGCGUUUGAUAGUAGGCCUUGUUCUUGUUGCUCUGGUUGCGACGGACUCAGCUUUUGCUGGAGACAUCACAACGGAGAGUUUAAUCAGAGAAGCUGGUUAUCCUUUCGAAGAACAUACCGUUGAAACUCAAGAUGGCUAUCUGCUGAAGCUUCAUCGAAUUCCCAACAACAGCCAACAAAAGCGUGGAAUUGCUUUGCUCAUGCACGGCUUAUCGUGUUCAUCAGCUGAUUGGGUCGUUCUGAAACAAGGAAAAGCACUGGCUUACGAUCUUGCUGAUGAAGGCUACGACGUUUGGAUGGGUAACUUUAGGGGAAAUCUGUAUUCCCGCAAUCAUAGAGAACUUAAUCCCGAUGCACUACUUAAUAGUAACUUCUGGGAUUUUACUUGGCAUGAAAUGGGCACAAUGGAUCUUCCAGCGAUGAUUGAUUACAUUCGUGGGAAAACCGGAGAGGACAAAAUGCAUUACUUUGGCCAUUCGCAAGGAACAACAACUUUUUUCGUUAUGAGUUCCUUGAACGAAACUUAUCAGAGUUACAUUAAGUCAGCUCAUAUGAUUACGCCCUUAGUAUAUGUCGAACAGUUAGAUAGCAUAUUUCUUGAAGUUGCGAACAAGGUUAUAUCGCUGAUAAACCCAUUGGCAACUUUAGCCGCCGGAAAUACAGAAUUCAGACCAAACGGAACAAUCACAGAGUUAGCUGGUGCCGCCCUGUGUCGGGACAGACCACGUGAACUAUGCUCGAAUAUACUUUUCCUUCUGACUGGAUUCAAUGAAAUCACUGUGGAUCCUGCCAUUUUAAAUGACGUACUCGCCAUUACUCCAGCUGGGGCCUCCACGAAGUGUUUCUUACACUACUUCCAAGUACAUGAUAGCAAUCAAUUCCAGCAGUACGAUUAUGGUUUGUUAGGAAACUUACGACGCUACAGAAACAGUAAGCCUCCAACAUAUCCUUUGGAGAACGUUAAUGUUCCCGUAUUUUUGUACUGGGGAGAAGAGGAUAGGUUGAUUCAUAAGCCAGAUAUCGAGAGACUUGCAGCGAAACUUCCAAAUGUCAAACGAGUGUUUGGAAUCAAAAAUGGUACCCAUCAAUAUCCAAUGUAUUCUCCAUUUAUCAAGGAACAAUUGUAUGACCUGGUGGUGGCAGACGUUAAGUCAAUAGAAUAAACACCUACGAAAAAAUUGUGUUUUCUAGUUGAGAAAGAUUGGAUAAUUUUUGAAUAGUUAAACAAGUAUCAAGAACUAAAAAUAUUAAUAAUAUUGAAAUAAUUAAAUUGUUCUUUUUUUUCUAUUUCAAUUCUGAAUACAAUUUUAAAACAAUAGAACAUAAUUAAAGACACCAUAUGGCAUAAAAGUUGAUUUUUUUCAGAAACUUAACUUCUGCUGUUGCUGUUUGACAAAAAUUAAACA